AUGGAAGAACAUUCUGCAAACAAAGCCAUCGUCUUCAACACCGACAUAAGUGAAGCCUCUCGCGUUCAAUUCUUUAUAGAUGCGGAUUCUGGCAACCACGUGGCACCACCGACAUUGUCUCCGGCGCCGAAUAGUAAUGAGGAUGACCACGAGAUUACAGACAUGCAUAUACAAGACAGGGACGAGUUAGAAGAGAUGAUGCAGCGAAAUUCAGAUGCGCCGCCACCGCCACCGCCACCACCGCCGGAUAAAAAUGAAUACCAAGAGUUGCCGCAGUCGAUUGUAGACAUGCCGCCACCAAAGGAAGAGUUGCUGUCAUUGAUUCCGGACGCGCCUCCGGUGGCACCGCAGACACCGAUGACAGUCACAGAGAACGCAUUGCCGCCGCGGAAUCCUGAGUUUACACAGUCUCCUCCUCCUCCUCCUCCACCGCAGCUGCCGCUGACGGUGACACCAUUGAAAUCACACCAGGAUAAAGAAUAG